GCAAUAUUCCGACUUCCCCACAACAGGCUCGUUGCGUGGGACGUGGGGCCCCAGGAUGAGCUUCUGCUCAUCCCAAGCAAACCAGUUAUCCCAUGCUUCCGGCCGACAAACUUGGGACACAUUUACUUCUCAUCAGGUGAACGCGAGUUUCGGAGGGUAGAUAAAUUGGCGAGUUGAAGAAGGAACAGCAUGCUCUUGCUCAACGCCCUCUCUUGUCGGAGUUUGUCACCCGACUAUCUCUGAACGCCCCCUGUCUCUGGGAUUUUCGAUCUGCACCAAGUCGCGCGGCUACCGACAUGAGUAAAGAGGUCGCGCAGCCUGAGAUGGUCGAAGUCGAGGAUGCCAUUCAACAGGUGAACCGUGGUGUCGACUGGGAGCUCGAGAAAGACGCCCAUGAGGGAGCCAUCGCUGAGCAUUCUAUGGCCGUGAAACAGGCCCUUGCUGCUUAUUGGAAGGCUGUCUGCUGGUCCGUGAUUAUCUCCUGGGCUGUCAUCAUGGAGAGUUAUGACAUUCAAAUUAUCGGCUCCUUCUAUGCCUACCCGACAUUUCAACAGAAGUAUUGCGAACAAGUUGGUCCAAACUCGUGGCAGGUUCCCUCGGCAUGGCAGGUUGGCCUCAGUGUUGGUUCCAACAUCGGGAUCAUGAUUGGUAUCUUGCUUAAUGGUUACUUGAUCGAGAAGUUCGGGCACCGACGCCUUCUGCUGGUGGCCCUUUGUUUCCAAGCAGCUUUCAUCUUCAUAACCUUCUUUGCGCCGAAUAUCCGCGUCCUACUUGUCGGUGAGAUUCUAUGCGGUCUCCCGUGGGGUGUCUUCAACACGGUCGCCCCAUCAUACGCAGUCGAAGUCUGCCCUCUUGCUCUCCGAGGAUAUCUCACGACAUUUGUCAACUUGUGCUGGGUCAUUGGUCAUCUCAUCGCUGCUGGCGUCCUCGACGGACUGGUCAACAACACCACCGAGUGGUCAUAUCGCAUUCCAUUUGCUAUUCAAUGGGUGUGGCCCUUGCCGCUAUUCAUUGCCAUCGCGAUGGCCCCCGAUUCUCCUUGGUGGCUCGUGCGGAAGAACCGUGUAGAUGACGCGGAAAAGUCUAUCAGAAGAUUGGCUACGAACGAUCAGCUGGUGAAUCCUAAGGACGCUGUUGCGCUCAUCGUGCAUACCACCAGACUCGAGGCCUCCCUGAACAUUGGUGCUAGUUACGCCGCCUGUUUCCAGGGCACGGAUCUUCGCCACACGGAGAUCGCCUGCGUCUCAUGGGCAUCCCAAGCUUUUGUCGGCUUCGCCGUUCAGAGUUACUCAACGUACUUCUUCGAGCAAGCUGGCAUGCCUGCGUCGGAUGCAUUCAAACUCACCCUGGGCACGUUCAGCAUUGCCUUCUGUGGUACAGUCAGCUCUUGGUUCACGCAAACAUACUUUGGUCGCCGGACACUCUUCCUCGCCGGCACGGCAUUCAUGGGUCCCCUGCUGUUCGUCAUCGGCUUCCUCCAGCUGGCUCCAGUGACGGACAACAUCAGGUGGGCCCAAGCUGUCAUCUUAGUGAUCUGGUUCGGUGGGUAUGGCGCUACAAUCGGACCAAUUCCAUACGUGAUUGCGGCUGAGAUCUCUUCGAGCAACCUGCGCACAAAGACCAUCUCCGUGGCGCGUGACAUGUACUAUCUCUCCAACCUCGUCAACUCCAUUGUCUCACCAUACAUGCUCAACCCGCAGAACGCGAACUUGAAAGGAAAAGCCGCCUUCCCAGCAGCAUGCUUCAACGUCGCCCUCUUCGUAUGGGCGUUCUUCCGCCUUCCAGAGUCCAAGGGGAGGACGUUCGAGGAAUUAGAUAUCCUAUUUGCGAAACAUGUACCGGCAAGGAAGUUCGUGGGAGUCAACGAGGUGUUUAAUGAGCUUUACGUAUUCUAUUGA